UCAUUCCAUUGCAUUUUCCUCUUCAAUGCUUCAUACCAGCUACGAGCUACUGCAGAAUUGAAGUCACUCGAUUCUUCCAUUGUCCAACCCUUUGACGCGACUAAUUGCCGCACCCCGGCACUUUCCUCCCGUCACACAGCCUCGUCCUUCCGCGUCUUAAGUCCUCCCACUCUUCCCUUUAUCUCUUCCACCACAAGAAUACUUCUCGCAUUGACCCAAUCGAUUCGCCCAAUCAUAGACAACAUCAUUCACUAUGGUAGCAGAAACAAAACUCUACGACGCCCUCUCAAUCUCCCCCACUGCCACGCAAGAUGAAAUCAAGAAAGCAUACCGAAAAGCUGCUCUGAAAUUUCACCCGGACAAGAACAAAGACAACCCCAACGCUGCCGAAAAAUUCAAGGAAGUCUCACAAGCCUACGAGGUCCUGUCCGAUCCUGAGAAGAGAAAGGUUUACGAUCAAUAUGGCCUGGAAUUCUUGCUAAGAGGAGGACAAGCACCACCUCCAGGUGCAGAGGGCAUGGAUGGCAUGCCCGGUGGUGGCUUUGGAGGAAUGCCUGGUGGCUUCAGUUUCGGUGGCAUGCCAGGUGGUGGUGGUGGUGGUGGUACCCGGUCCUUCCAUUUCAGUACUAAUGGUGGUUCGGGCUUCAGCUUCUCAGAUCCCAAUGACAUCUUCUCCAGCUUUGCACGCGCUGGUGCUGGAGGAGCAGGUGGUGGUGCCGGUGGUGGUGGUGUUGACGAUGAGGACAUUUUCAAUCUCCUGGGUGGUGGCUUUGGUGGUAGAGCAGGCGGCUCUAGAAGGAGCGCUAGUGGUUUCGGAGGCGGCGGGUUUGGUGGGAGACAGCCACGACCCCAGACACCAGAAGUCACGGUUGUUGAACGACAAUUACCAGUAACCCUGGAAGAUCUGUACAAGGGUGCGCACAAGAAAAUGAAGAUCAAGAGAAAGACAUUCAAUGCUCAAGGACAACGGGCGUCAGAGGAUAAGAUCUUGGAGAUGGACAUCAAGCCUGGGUUGAAAGCUGGUUCCAAGAUCAAGUUCUCUGGUGUGGGUGAUCAGGAAGAGGGUGGAACUCAAGAUUUACAUUUCAUCGUCACGGAGAAGCCUCACGCAUCCCUCACUAGGGAUGGAGAUGACCUUAAAACAACCAUCGAGCUGGAUCUUAAGGAGGCUCUCACUGGCUGGAAGCGGACCGUCACAACGAUUGAUGGGAAGCAACUGAACGUAUCAGGUGCUGGGCCAACUCAACCUGGGUACGAAGAAAGAUUCCCUGGUCUUGGUAUGCCACUCAGCAAGAAACCAGGCGAAAGAGGAGACUUUGUCGUGCAAGUCAAGGUCAAUUUUCCGACUUCUCUGACUGCUGCCCAGAAAGCGAAGAUUAAAGAAGCGCUGUCAUGAAAGACUUGAUCUGGAUUGAAGCGGUUGGAGAGAGUGUGUGGACUCGCAGGAUGUGAACAGGUACUAAGCACAACCUGAGCCGGCGUUGCCUGUCAGCAAGAGAAGAGCCGUUUCGGGCGGUGCAUGGCAAGCACAUGAAGCGCACUCCGAGUCAUGGUUGCCAGCCACUCGACAAUGGCUUAUCCCCAUCAGUCCCACUGGAGAUAAGAGCAGUGACUGGCGUUUGGAGUUCAAAUGGAGCGUGGCAUGAUAGCGUGGAUGCUUACAGAGCUUUUGGUACAGCUGGUUGAUGACCCAGCAUGGUGUGCUGAACAGAGCAGCUGAUGCUGCGACUGUUUUCUAUUGUGAGCAAUAAUGAAUGAAUGUCGAGAUGAAGACUAUACGAUCCGAAUCGCAAAUGCUAGAAAUUCCCUCUUUUGAUA